AUGUCUCCCUCUGAAAGAAGCUCGCUCUUGCUCUUGCGCCAGUCAUUCCACACGCCGAACUCCAGCAGUCAGGCCACUACGGGGAGUAUGAAACGUCGCACAAUGGUCGGAACCACACUUCCACCCUCUCCUACGGCAAGCGUCUGCGACUCGCUAGCAGAUAUUGAUGACCUCGAUGCGUUUCUGGCUGCGCAGGGACCAUUGACACGAUGGACGACACCGCCGUUGAAGGAUAAGCCUCGAGUCACAGUCGAAGUCGCUGAGCUCUCUGAGCCGGAAGGGGAGGACUACGACGAUGACGCUGAACGCGAUGAUUACGAGCGCAUUGCAUACGAGUUUGCUCUCCCUCUAUCGCACACUGGCAGCGAACACGUAGAGAGCGCCAUGCUCAUCCAGGACAUCUUGUCAAUGGCGCGCUUGCCACCGGACCUGCUAGGCUUGACAUAUAGCAUUCUCGUCGCAUAUUGCAUACGACAACAACCGAUGAAUCUGGCAGCGCGAACUGCAGUUCCCACCUCUCUGCUCCUUGUCUCCGCCAUGACGCUCGCGGACGUCUACACCGCUGACGGUCCGAUGCACGCCGCAUGGUGGGCUUCGCGCAUUCUCAACGACAAAUUCUCGGCCCAUGAUGUUGAGCGCAGCAUGCUGCAUAUGCUCGCCGCACUGGAUUGGAGCAUUCACUGCCUGUGUUCGCCGGAAGCACUCGAGGCAGCGUUACGGAUGUUGGCACUGGCGGACGCUCGUCCCAUUCCUGUAGCAGCACAACCACUUCUUCCGAGCUCGGCAACCACUCUGACGUGCGAUACCAAAAAGUCACGCCCACCCAGGAUCGAUGUUGACGGUUCGAUGGCGGUGCGCUGGGAGCACGGUCAGAUAACGCCAGCUGAUACGCCUACUUCGACAGUUGGGGACGAACUGGAGCACCGGCUUUCGCAAUUGUUAUGA